UCUUUGAUGAGUUUUCGAACGCGCCAAAAUCACGAGGAGUUGCGAGAGUGAUCUCGAUCGCAUUUCGAUUCUGCACCGUUCUGUUUAUUUAUGUGUAAAACAAUGAUUUGAAGGAAGUUCCAAUACUGUGAAAUAAUUCAUUAUUGUAAAUUUAUGUCACAGUGUGUGUGUGCAUAAAUAAUAAAUCAUUUGAAAGUGAAUAACAAUAUAGAAAGUCAAGAUAUAUCUGUGGCUUUUCUUCUGCAAAAAAAAAAAGACAUCUAAUCUCGACAUGGUUUGCGAAAAGUGCGAGAAGAAAUUGGGUAAGGUUAUCACGCCUGAUCCUUGGAAGACAGGUGCGAGAAACACUGUGGAAAGCGGAGGUCGUCAGGUAGGGGAGAACAAAGCUUUGUCUGCGGGAAAAGCUCGAUUCAAUCCAUACACCACGAAAUUCGAGAUUUGCAGAAUAUGUAGGCAAAAGGUACAUCAAGUGGGCUCCCACUAUUGUCAGUCCUGCGCAUACAAGAAGGCUAUCUGUGCUAUGUGUGGCAAAAAAUUAAUGAGUACAAAGAAUUAUAAACAAUCUGCGACUUAAUUUCAACAAUUAUGUACACUUUAGACUAAUGAUUUGCCAUAUAAGUACAUUAUUAUAUGUUUCGAAAUGUAAAUUUGACAAUCGUUUCCGAAUAGCUUUGCGACUUGAUUACCUGAUAGUAUAUAAUUGUAUUAAGAUAUAAUAUUGUGUAUAUUAAUAUUUGUGUGAUAAUAAAAUGUAAUAUAAUUAUCAUUACAAAAAACAUUGUUGCGCACAAAAUGUAAAAUUAUAUUUGUAAAAUAUAAAUCAAUUUGUUAAUUACAUUAUAUUUUUCGUUAAAUCAUUAAUAUCUACAUAUAUGAUAAGUUAAUAUGAUGUACAAAUAUAAAUAUCAAAUGUUUUCAAAUCAAGAUAGUAAUGAAAAUGGAUAAAAAAAUAUUUUAAAAUAAUAUGUUAAAGAAAAUUCAUUUCAAGCAUACUUAGAUUUUUAUAUGUAGCUAUGUCUACAUAAAUAGUAAUUUUUACAAAAAUAAUAAUUAAAGUUUAAAGCUAAUAAAAAUUAAGGCCGAUAAUGUGUAAAGGAUGAUUGAUAUAUAUUUCGUAAUAAAAUGCUUACACAUCAUAUA